GAUGGAGGCGGUUCUGGACUCUUUCUCCGCCCUGGACUCUUACUCCUUCCACGACCACUUCUUCUCCGAGCAGCUGGCGCAGGAGCAGGGGGACCGGAUGGAGGAGCAGGUGGACCGGAUGGAGAUGGAGAUGGACUUCCUGUCCGAGGACUACAAGUACUACACGGACCUGACCUCGUCCCCGUCCUCGUCCUGCUCGUCGUCCCCGGCGACGUCGCUGCUUUCCGGUCGGCGGCGGCGGCGGCGGACGCGCUCGGACACGGAGACUCUGCAGCUGCGUCAGGCCGCCAACGUGCGGGAGCGGCGCCGCAUGCAGUCCAUCAACGACGCCUUCGAGGGGCUGCGCGCGCACAUCCCCACGCUGCCCUACGAGAAGAGGCUCUCCAAGGUGGACACGCUGCGGCUGGCCAUAGGCUACAUCAACUUCCUGUCUGAGUUGGUGAGAUCAGACCUGCCAGUCCGCCAUCAGGGAGCAGGAGGAGACCAGCAUCUGCAGACCAAGAAAGUCAUCAUCUGUCACCGCGGGACAAGGUCCCCCUCCCCCAGCGACCCUGACUACGGUCUUCCCCCCCUGGCGGGCCACUCCCUGUCCUGGUCCAACGAGAAGCUCCUGCGGGAGCAGAACCUGAUCCGCACGGCCAAGGUCUGGACCCCCGAGGACCCCCGCAAGCUCCAGAGCAAGUCCGGACUCCUGGGGGCCAACAUCGAGAACGAGCCGCCCUUCCGCCCGCUGCACGCAUGAACACACACACACACACACACACACACACACACACACACACACACACACACACACACACACACACACACACUUGAACUUGAACUUUGUGUAUUAUUAUUUUGUCCAUUGUCUUUUUUUUCCCACUUUAAUUUUAUGAAAAAACAAAAACUAAUAUUUUCAAUGUUUUUCCAAGUUUGAAAACAAUAUUAAUUUGUUUUUAUACUUUUGAAAAUGAAUCAUAAAACCACUGUUGGAAAAAAAUAAUAUUUAUUGUCACUAUGGGGUAUUGUUUGUAGAAGUUUGAGGAAAAAAUAGAUACAUUUUGUCCUCAAACUUUUACAAGCAAUACCCCAUAGUGAGAAGGUUACUCCAGUAAUUAAGUCAAAUGUUCCAGUAUUCCACAUGAUGUUUUUGUACAUAUACUGUAUAUAAAACUUGUACAAAAUGAUGCAAUAUUUGUUUCCCUCUUGUUCUAUUGCAGCGAUCGACAAUCAUGUAUUUAAUGUGUGGAAAUAAUGUAUGUUGUAAUUUAAUGGCAAAUAUAUUUAUUUUUAUACUGAUUUAUUUUUUUACUCUACCUUGAAA